AUGAAUCCCUAUCAAGGUCCGCCUCGAUAUCUACACAAUAUAGGAUUUUGCAACAGCGCCCCGCAAUCUUUUGGAAACCCGGCACCGAUGCCGGGUUAUCCCACUAUGGGUUAUCCUGCUCCCCAGCCAGGCUAUCCCAACACGGGAAGUGGCUAUCCACAACAGUCAAGUUAUCCUCAACAGCAAAGUUAUCCUCAAUCUAGUUCAGGCUAUCCUCAAGCUCCUCAAGGAUAUCCUCCUUCUCAAGGUUAUCCUCCCGCUCAAGGCUAUCCUCCUGCUCAAGGUUACCCUUCUGCUCAAAGUUAUCCCCCAGCUCAAAGUUAUCAAUCUCAGGGGUAUCCACCUAAUCAGGCCCAUCCAACUGCUCAACCUUACCCACAAUCCAGAUCACAACAGAGUCCUGGCCAUCAGGGAUAUCCACACAGUGUGCAGAGUCACCAGGCUUAUAACACAUCAAGUCCAGUAUAUAAUGAACCCAAGGUAAUUACCCUAUAUUCAAAUACCUACCUUGUGAUAAGCAAAACAUUGGCCAGCAACGCUUUCUAA